UGCUGUCGUAUAAUUUCAACUUUGAAUCGAGCAUGCUCAUGCCAAAAUAGAGAAGAGAGAGAGAGAGAGCGCGCUGGAUUUGGCUCCCAAAUUUCUUCAGCUGCAAGAGGUUUGUGAGGAGACAAUGUUGUCGAAAGCAGAUGGCAGAAAGAAAAUUGAUGAGGUUUCACAAACGGGAAGAUUCGCAAAUGACCUUGAACUCAUUAGCAAAGCCUUGUUUGCGGAUAGGCAACAGCAUAGGCUUUCUAGCUCGUCGGAUGCUUAUAGAUCGGAGGCUGUUAGAGAAUCGCCUAUGCCCGAGCAUAAAAUCAAGGCGGAGAAAGCUAAGGAGAAAGAAAAGAAGCCUUCAAUUUGGAGCUGGAAAGGUCUAAAGGCAUGGACCUCUGGUCGAAACCGAAGGUUCAGAUGUCAUUUCUCACUCCUAGUCCAUUCGAUUGAGGGUCUACCAAGCCUAUUUGAUGAUGUUUGUCUCGUUGUGCAUUGGAAGAGGCAGGAUGGUGAGCUGAUGACAUCCCCGAAUAUAGUUCAUGAAGGGGUAGCUAAUUUUGAGGAGGAGCUUAUUCAUUCGUGUUCUGUAAAUGUUUCCAGGGGCACUACUAAGAAUGUGGCCAAGUAUGAGGCAAAAAAUUACUUGUUGUAUGCUUCUGUUUACAAUGCCCCUGAGCUUGAUUUGGGGAAGCAUCAUAUAGAUUUGACAAGAUUGCUACCUCUAACAUUAGAGGAAUUGGAAGAUGAAAAGAGCUCAGGGAAGUGGGCGACUAGUUUCAGGCUAUCAGGUAAAGCAGGAGGUGCAACAAUGAAUGUCAGUUUUGGCUACAUUGUAGUAGGAAAUAGUAGGGAGCCUUCAAGGAAAAACAAUACUCCUGGCAUCCUGAACCUACGAGAGAAUAGGGCGAUGACAGAAUCUUUCGUGGAUCAGUCUCAUCUCAAGGAUGAUCUAAUCCUUCGUAGAGUGGGGAGUCUUCCUGCUACUCUGGAUACCUUAAAGCAGUCUGAAGAAGAUAUAAAGGAGCUUCAUGAAAUCUUGCCGAUGCCAACUUCAGAAUUGUAUCAAUCAGUCAAUGAACUUUAUCAGAAACUGGAUGAAGAGAUGCCAAAUGCUUCAGUUGAAAAUAAGUUAGACACGGAUCCAUUUCCUUCACAUCUUGACUCCUGUAAAGUGAAUUCAUUUAAACCUCCUGAUGCUGAUGAGAAAAUUACUGAAACUGAGUGGGAAACUGGUGAGUUUGCUGUCACAGAGAAGGGGAUAGAAGAGUUCACUAGGGAGCACAUGAGAUCAGAAGAGGAUCCUUGUAAGGUUGCUUUAGCUUCUGGAGAGGUUAUGGAAACAGAUGGCAUUGUGGAGGUAACCCUCAAUAAGGAGGAUAUCCUUCAUCCUUCCGCCAAUGACACUGUUUACCGAAAGCACGAGCAGUCAAUAAGAACAUGCAGUUCUUCAAAGAAAGAGAAUGCUGUGCUCUCCAAAGAGUCACUAAUGAAAGAACUGGAGCUGGCACUGACUUACGCUUCAGAUUUAAUGAAUGAGGAACUAGAGUCUCAGGAUGAUGAAAGUGAAGCUCCAUUUGAAGACAGUUUCUCGAAGGAGAAACCACCUAACAUGGAUGAUAUUACUGACUCAGUAGCCAAUGAUUUCUUAAAAAUGCUGAAUGUAGAGUCCAGUCCAUUUGGUUUGAGCUCUACAAGUGAGCCUGAAUCUCCAAGAGAACGCCUUCUAAGGGAAUUUGAGAGGGAUGCUCUUGCCAAUGGAGGUAUACUCAACUUUGAUAUGGAGGAUGAUCCAAUGGAAAGUGACAGCGAUGUUCCAACAGGGUCUGUCUGGCAAGCUAUGUCUAAUGACUUCUAUCAGUCAUCACUACUGGAAGGUUUCCGGGAGACAUCUCAGAUGGAGUCAAAUGCAUUCAGUAGAAGAGCCUCAAGGUUAGAGGAUUUGGAAACUGAAGCUUUGAUGCGUGACUGGGGCAUGAAUGAGAAGGCAUUUCAACAAUCUCCAUCUAGUAAAUCUGAUGGGUUUCGCAACCCAGUUGGCUUGCCUCCAAAGGAUCUUGAUCAGCAGCUUGUUUCAGAAGGUUUGGGUCCCUUUCUGCAAACUAAAAAUGGAGGGUUUUUGCGCUCAAUGAAUCCCGCCCUUUUCAGGAAUGCAAAAGGUGGAGGGAGCUUAAUAAUGCAGGCAUCUAGUCCAGUGGUUGUCCCUGCAGAAAUGGGGUCUGGUGUAAUGGACAUACUUCAGGGUCUGGCUGCUAUGGGAAUUGAGAAGCUAUCCAUGCAAGCAAACAAAUUGAUGCCUUUGGAAGAUAUAACUGGCAAGACAAUUCAACAAAUAGCAUGGGAAGCUGCACCCAGUUUGGAGAGGCAAGGUUUAUCUCAGGAUGAAUUUGAAAUUAUGCAAAAUAUAUGUAAUGGGGAAAAGAGUGGUGAAGGAACAUCCUAUGGCCCAGGGUUAGGUAAGUGUGGUUCUACACUGCUGGGUGCUGAUACAGAGUACGUGUCUUUAGAGGAUCUCGCUCCAUCUGCAAUGGAUAAGAUUGAAGCUCUUUCUAUUGAGGGCUUGAGAGUACAAUCUGGUAUGACAGAUGAGGAUGCGCCUUCAAAUAUUAGCACACAAUCUUUUGGAGAACUUUCAGCCCUGAAGGGAAAGAGCGUUGAUAUCAGUGGAACCAUAGGACUUGAUGGGACUGGUGGAUUGCAAUUACUGGAUAUCAAAGACAAAUGUGACAAUGUUGACGGAUUGAUGAGUCUCUCUCUUACACUUGAUGAAUGGGUGAAACUUGAUUCUGGUGAAAUUGAUGAUGAUGAUCUUGUCAGCGAGCGGACCUCUAGAUUGCUAGCAGCUCAUCGUGCUACUUCUUUGGAUUUGUUUCGUGGAAAAUCAAAGGGGGAGAAGAGACGAGGCAGAGGUAGGAAGUAUGGUUUGUUGGGCAAUAGUUUCACUGUUGCACUGAUGGUACAGCUGCGUGAUCCUUUGCGGAACUAUGAGCCUGUGGGAAAUCCAAUGCUCGCUCUUAUACAAGUGGAGAGAGUGUUUGUCCCACCGAGGCCUAAAAUCUAUAGAACAGUUCCUCUAGCAAGGAACUCUAGUGAAGAGGAAAAGGAGUCGACGACUGCGACAAAAGAGAACAUUACUGGAACACCAACAGAAAGCAUAAAUCGUGAAGAAGAGCUGAUUCCUCAAUAUAAAAUCAACGAGGUGCAUGUUGCAGGUUUGAAAAUGGAACAGGGUAAAAAGAAGUUAUGGGGUUCUCAAAAUCAACAACAGUCUGGGUCCCGUUGGUUGCUUGGAAACGGAAUGGGCAAGAAGAACAAGCAUCCACUAAUGAAGUCAAAGGCUGUCGUAAAGAAUUCAAGUCCUGCUUCUUCCUCAUCUACUACAACAGUGCAGCCUGGAGAUACACUAUGGAGCAUCUCUUCUCGUGUCCAUGGAACAGGUGCAAAGUGGAAGGACCUUGCUGCACUCAAUCCACAUAUUCGCAAUCCUAAUGUUAUACUUCCCAACGAGACUAUCAGACUGCGCUAGCAUUCAGAUAAAGGUGCAGUUUCUUUCACAUGAUUAGAUAGAUUUUAGCUAAACUGUAUCCUGCACGUGGGUUAGACUGUGGUAGAGUUGUUAGUUUAUCCAAGUUUGUGUUUAACUUAACUUGUUUUAUUCAUUACUAUGAACAAGGAAGUGUAAAAAUUAUCCUGUCAAUACAUGAAAUAGCCAAAAUGGAGACAGGAUUAAACGUCUUAUUUGUAAA